AGAACAGGCAGCACAGGGGAAGAGUCAGCUCGGAACAGUGAUCUGCAGUUUUAGGGCUUGCCUCUCUGCUCACUUACUCUCCCCUGUGCUUCUGCGUUGCCUUUUUAUGAGGGCUGUCGCUGGAACAUAACAUGGUUUAACCCACUGACUGCAUGCUGCAUGUUGGGUAAAUUCAAACCCACAUGCGGAGCCCGGUGCAGAGGAAUUAUUUACAUCUGAUGGAUAUUUUCUCUGCUUAUUGCAUAGUAAUGAACCCCUGACAGGAGCAACCUUUCAUAAGACAGCCCACAUUACUGGCUUCCUGCCCAGAAUAUUGCUGCAACACUAUCUGUGAUUGGUUAUCUUCCUAUCAUGCAUUGCUUCACAAGGGAAACUGCCCCCUUUUUUUAAUAAAUCUACGAUGGCUGGCUGCAAUAUGCUACUCUGUUGGUACUAAGAAGUGCCUUUCCUGACGUCUCUGCUGCUUGGAACCGCUUGUAGAGCAGCCUCUGCUUUUGCCUUGCUUGCUGCCAGCUAGACUGCGACGAGAGCACAUCCACCCUUCUCAUCUAGCACAGACAACCCCCUAUUUCUGCUCUUAAUCAAGAGAAAGCCCUAUGCAUCAUGCUGUUAUUAUUGUAGCAAAAGAGGAACGAUUGCUGAAAGUUAUUUGCUGUCAGAGAGACAGAGAAGAUAGAGUGAAAGGGAGUGAAAGAGGGAGAGAGAGAGAGCAAAGCCUUGAUUAUUGUCCUACUCUGCUGCAUCUCUCUAUGCCAAACUAAUCAAUACCGAUUGCACCGCAAAACCCAAUUGCCAAUUCAGCUGUGUGGAGAUUACCUUUCUGACAACUUUACUGAGAGCAGCUUGGAAAUUCUGUGUCAGCAGAGGGUCUGCCACGUUUGUAUGCUUGCAAUUCGGGCUCGAAAUUGGAACUCUAAAUGGGUUGCUGAGAGUUUUAGAAUAAGCUCCAGGCCGUAGCUUUUUUUUCCGUUUCUUUUUUUUAAUGAUAGCUGGAUGAUCACACCUUUUCAAAAUACUUUGUCUUUAUUAUUUAUUAGGUUGUUUCCAAAGAGGGAUAGUGGGACUGUAUGUGGAUACGGAGUGUACAGUCUUACCAUUUAAAGGCAAAAAGAGACGGUUGGAUAUACUUCCACCUGCUUUAUUGAGUAUUUGUAACUACCUGUAAAUUUUUAAGUAUGGCUGUCAGUGUUGCACCGAUACGGGACACUAAAUGGCUAACGCUGGAAGUGUGUAGGGAGUUCCAAAGGGGGACGUGUUCACGGCCAGACACAGAAUGUAAAUUUGCACAUCCAUCGAAAAGCUGCCAAGUUGAAAAUGGACGGGUAAUCGCCUGCUUUGAUUCCCUGAAAGGUCGUUGUUCAAGAGAGAACUGUAAAUAUCUCCAUCCUCCUCCACACUUAAAAACACAGCUAGAGAUAAAUGGAAGGAAUAACUUAAUUCAACAAAAGAAUAUGGCCAUGCUGGCCCAACAAAUGCAGCUUGCCAAUGCUAUGAUCCCUGGCACUCAGAUACAACCUGUGCCAAUGUUUUCAGUCGCACCAAGCCUAGCCACCAGUGCAACAGCAGCCUUUAACCCCUACCUGGGACCAGUUUCUCCAGGUCUCAUGCCAGCUGAAAUUCUUCCUACUACGCCAAUGCUUGUCACAGGAAAUCCCGGAGUGGCAGUUCCAUCAGCUGCAGCCGCAGCUGCACAGAAGUUAAUGCGAACAGACAGACUAGAGGCCAGCUACAAUCAGGCAGCUGCAGUGCGAGCUUCCCCGCGUUGCCCAACCAAUGACCUCAGCCCCGAUGUGGAGGGAGCACCCUCUUUAUGGGUGAGAGGUAGUUCAGUCUCCAUGCCAGCUCAGUCCUGGGCCUCUCCUGAGCAGAGACUGCCAAUUGUUCCAAAUUAUGUGUGGUGGUUUUGUGAUGUGGACUCCUGCCCUCUGGGAACCGAACUGAGACCAGCAAACUCAUUUCACUUAGGACAUCAGGCUGGACUUGACCCCCGGUCCCAGAAGAGAAAGGUAUGCCGAGAAUAUCAGCGUGGAAACUGCAACAGAGGGGAGAACGAAUGCCGGUUUGCUCACCCGGCUGAGAGUGCAAUGAUUGACACAAACGACAACACAGUCACUGUGUGCAUGGAUUAUAUUAAAGGCAGAUGCUCAAGGGAAAAGUGCAAAUACUUCCACCCUCCUGCACAUUUGCAAGCCAAGAUCAAGGCUGCCCAAUACCAGGUCAACCAAGCUGCAGCAGCUCAGGCAGCCGCCACUGCAGCCGCCAUGACUCAGUCGGCUGUCAAAUCACUGAAGCGACCCCUCGAGGCAACCUUUGACCUGGGAAUUCCUCAAACUGUACUUCCCCCGCUACCAAAGAGGCCUGCACUUGAGAAAACCAAUGGUGCCACCGGAGUAUUUAAUACGGGUUUUUUCCAGUACCAACAGGCUCUUGCCAACAUGCAGUUACAGCAACAGGCAGCCUUUUUCCCACCAGGCUCAAUAUUGUGCAUGACACCCGCUGCAAAUGUUGUUCCCAUGGUGCACGGUGCAGCGCCAGCCACUGUGUCUGCAGCAGCAACAUCUGCCACAAGUGUCCCCUUCGCUGCAACAGCCACAGCCAACCAGAUACCCAUAAUAUCUGCAGAUCAUCUGAGUAAUCACAAGUACGUCACACAACUCUAGAGAAUGUAUCGCUAUACAAUUUCCUCAUGGAGAAAUGGACAGUGUGCUUGAAAAACAAUACAGGACAAGGCCAUUAGCUAUUAUAUGCAUAAAGACAAGAACAACCGAGAUUCCCACCGUAACGCAUCAACAUGUUGCAUGCUCUAUGACGACAAGAUCACGUGGAACCCCACCGCACACUGCUGCAUAUAUCAUUUGUACAUUUUAUUAAUAUUUGUGCUCAAGUGAAAUCUUGUCUAAGCAUACAACAUACCUUGUCUUAUCUAAUACAGAGUUUUGCAUACAUCCAUUUUCCAAUCAGUAUCACAUUCAAUAUUGAUUUGUUUGAUUUGACACCUUUAAAAUUUAGCCCAUCAUAUUCAUCAAUCUCCAGUGUAUUGGUACGUCUGUAGACCAAGAGUAUGUUGUUUUUUUUAAUAUAAGUUUCUUUUCUUUCUUUCAAGGUUUACAAAUAACAAAAGGGUGCACCUUGUAUUUAAAAUUGCUAUUAUAUCUUAUAACACGCAUGCAGAUUAGUUUUUUAAGGAUAGUAUUUUUAUUGUUACAGAUUGUAAGAGGUGGAAAGAUAUAUCUGACACAGAUGAAUGUGCCAAGUAAACCACAAUUGUGUAUAUUUUUUAAGCACAUAAAGGCUUUAAGUAUGUUAUUACUAAUGAUCUCAUGAAGUGCCAUUGACUGUACAUCAUCAUAAUGUAUUACUCUAGCAGUGUUAUUUCAAGAGCCACAGUUUUGUAUUAGAAUGGACCAGUCAACGGCACACUUUUAUUUUUUUUAAUGCCAAAGUUGUCACAGAAACCAACAGACUCUUAAUAUGAGAAGGUGACAUCAGUAGAUAUGCAAUCCUGUUAUGUGUCCAUUGCACUAAAUGAGAAAACAAUAAUUGCUAGUUCUUACACUUUUCACUGAAUGUUGGAUAAUGAAAUGCUUUAAAUUUAAAUUUGCAGUGGAAGAGUUUUGUAUGGAGUGGAACAUGUGCUUCAUUUUAGUGGAAACAUGGAUUACACUAUAUACAGUGUCCUUAGAAUUCCAUUUCAACUACGUUUCUCCAAUGUUCAGGUGCCAAAAACAUAAAAGGAUUUGCUAAAUCUUUGGUGUCACAACAUAUGGAGCGGGUGGCAGGAUUCCUUGACAUUAGUAGAUUUAGAGUUCCUUCCUAAUCUGACAUUUAGGAGCAGAUUUAUCAACAUUCGAAGUAGAUUUUUUACUGAUUCCAUAUUUUUAGGCAAAUAAAUAAGAAUUCGAUUUCAGGUUUUCAAAACUUAGAUCUUUGAGAUUUAUUAAGCACAAGAAACCUUAAAUUAAAAAUGUGGCAUCUAAAUGCUGGCAAGUUCGUGUAGAAGACAAUAGGAGUUGUAUUUUCAAAUGCCAAGCUAUUUUUUUAUUCAACUGUUUGAGAUUAAUUUGAAAUUUGGCAUAAUAUGAUUUCCCUCUUUCCAGUUGUUUUCUUUAUAUUUCUAAGUGAUCAAGUUUUUCUAAUUCGAACAAAAUUCAAAUAUUAGAAAAUCAAAUUUAGAUAAAUCUGCUCCUUAAUUGGGAAGAAAUACCCCCCAAAACCUGUUUUUAUAAUUAACCAUUAAAGUGAUACUGAGAGUUAGUAUAAUUGGUCCAAUUGUGUCAGUAUGACUGGCAAUGGAGGGCUGCAAUCUAUUUUUUCUUUAUUUGACUUUAUAAAACUGCCCCUUAGCCAAUCCCAAACCAGAGGUUCUUACAACUCCAAUUCCCAAGCAGAGAUAAGGCAAGAGAGCUGCUUCCAUCGGUCAGGCAACCGGUUGGAGUGUUAUUGGUAUAAAUACCCUAAGGCUGGGGUUCAUUUCGGAAAAGUUUGAAUAAAAAAAUGGAGCCCUUCAUUACUAAUAAUACUGAUAACUUCCUAUUAUUAUAGAAAUGUUUUAGUAUGAACUAACCUGCCCUCAUGUACUUUGGUUUUCUGAAUGGGGCUCCUUAAGACAAGAGACUGUAAAUGUUAUCUCAUGUUUAUGUCAUGGUCCUUCCUGGCUUUAAACCCUCUGAACAUUAAGAGCCCUUAUUAUAAAGCAUCAAAACUAGUAAAGGUUACCAUAGCAACACCAUUUCCAUGAAUGUUGGAAAAUGUAUUUCUAAAGUUUAAAAAGUAUCCAGCAAAGUGAGCAGUAUUGAGUUUGGUGCUUCGUCGAAAUAGUUAAUUGUUACCCAGAUUCGGUUAUUUCCAUAGCAUUUCAACAUAUUUGACAAAUUACCAUUAAGUAGUAUAAUACUGAUAAUUUCUUCUUUCUUAAGCAAAGUUCUUUAUCUUUUCAUAAGAAAUAAUAGGUUUCCGCUUGGUUUGAUCUAGCUUACACAUUUUAAGCUAUAUUUUGGUCAAAGUCCAAGUAGGCACAUUUGUGGGAAAAAAUGGAAACUUCACUGCUUUUGAAUGUUUUAUAAAAGGGGUUCUGUACGUUCACAGUUGAAAGCGAUGCGAUCACCAUUUUCCUUAAAUGUAGCAGUGUCGCACAGCUAAUAACACUUGUGGCUAUAACUGCUGUAACAUUGGAAAACGUUCGGGUUCGAAGAUUAGUGUAAUACCACCUAAAUUCAACCAAAGUAUUAGAAUACUAUAAACACUGAAACUACAGCUGGGCCAAACUUAAAUAGCUGGUGUCCCCCAAAGUUUGCAAGAUGUUAUCUCCAUCUGAAUUGGAAGAUACCUAGGUUGGCCUGCACAGCAUUUAAAAUAUUUGUGUGCUAAAUAUAGCUCUUUGCUGGCAGAGGAGCUUGCAAUGCAUGAGCUUAAUGUGAGGGUUUCAGAAUCUAAGCUGGCGAGAUGCCACCCCCCGCACAGUUAUUUGGAAGCUUCUGGAUGUUUUGAGGAGUUUCCCUAAGACAAGUUAGGGCACUGCUAUGCAGUUUUACGCCCUGUGAGUAAGUUUUUGCUUUGCAGGAUCAGCCAACAGCAAGGGGUGUAUGUGUUAAUAACCAUAGGAACCCCUCAACUGUAACAUGAAAGAACAAUAGUAGAUGUACAUCAGGAGAGAAUAUAUCUGCCAAGAAUCUGCAGCUUGGUGCAGGAGAGCCCAGAGACCCAGGCUGUGUAAGGAGAAGUGUAGGACAUGAAAUGUCUUCACCUCUAUGUUUACUUCUUUUUUUUCUCUAAAGAAAUGUUUUUAGUAUGAGAAUGAUGUUGAUUUUAAUGAUUGUACUGUACAUCUAUUAAAGCCUUAGAUUACAUUGUGGGUCGCAACCCCACACUGAUGUAAUUUCACUUGCGUUAAGAAAGUAUCAAUGAUUUUACGAUUUAUGGUAGUUACUUACAUAUUUGAAUAGUCAUUUUCUCUUGUUAAACAUAUAGUUUUUAUUUCAUUCAUUUAUUAGAAUGUUUUUAUUUCUAUUGCAAGUUAAAUACUGUUUCAGUUUUUAGUUGUUUUUUUGGUUCCAUUAGAUUUUACUGAUGACUUUUUCAGAAUACAAAAAAAAAACAAAACAAAAAAAAAGAUAAAAAAAAAAAGUAGUUUUAUUUUUUUUUCCUCCAUACCAUACACAGCCCUGAAUUUACAUGUAUUGUCAUAUAGGUAUUUGUAUUAUUGUUAACGAAAUGAUUUCUAUAUCUUACUGAUUUAAUAUGACAGUGUAAGAAUAUCAGUCAUUGUAAGUUCUUGUCUAGAUUUCACUAAAGAACAAAGAUUUUUUGUAUGGAUAUCUUAUAUUAUGUAAUCAUUGACAAGUAAGAAAUCAAGAUGUUGCUAUGGCAACAGUCCUGGCAGACAAUUGAGUAAUAUUUUGAUGAGUUAUUUUGUUUGUAAUUAGUUAUUAUGAAAUCCUAGAUAUUAGAGUAAAAAAAAAUUAUUUUCUACUGUAUCCAUUUCAAAUGUUAAAAUAUUUGUUUUAAUAUUUUUGGAAAUCCCUGAAUAUCAGGCCUUGUUAUAAAUAAGCUGCAUAAUCAAUAAAUCAAGGGAAUAUUUUUUUUUUUUUUUUGUCGUUGUUGUUGUUGAUAAUCCAAAUAUUCGAAGUUUACGUAAGGAGAAUAAGAGUGUGCAAACUCUUGAAGGUUGAUUAUGCUGCAACUGAGCAUGUCGGAACAGAUAGGGAGAAGUUGACUUUUUUUGCACUUCUGUAUAUAGUCAAAAAAGAGAGAUACAUGUAUUAUAAUAAGAUCUUAUUUUGAAUAAAAAUGUCUAUAAUUACAAGGAGUUUUGUUAAGGCUCAUAAAAUGACAGGCUGAACAAAAUUGCUUGCAAAAGUGGCACAGAGUUAGCACUCCAUUACCCCCUAAAAGGAUGCUUUGCUUGUUUCUUCUUGUUCUUUUUUGUUUCUUUCCGUGAAGAGCUUGUAGUUUGCCAGGAUUUUUUAGCUGGCUAGAUAUUCCAUUAUUCCAAAGUCACAUGACUGACAUUUAAGACCCACUUGGUCCAAAUCUGCCCAAUGAUCAUACUCAGAGCAGAUACUUCAACCAAUCAAGUAAUCUCUACAGUAUAUUAGUCAAGAAUAAACUGCAUGUUUAACGUAUCACACAAAUCCAACUAUAUUAAGGGUAUAUACUAUUGAAACCAAUUUCUGGCAGUCUGUAGAAAUUUAAAGGAAAGUAUUAUUUUCACAGUCCUUUAACCAUAAGCAGGCAAUGCAAAUAGCGUGCUGUCGCCGGAGAACUUUAGGUGAUUUUCUUUUAUUGCUGUAAUAACUUGUUCUUUAAGCAGAUGAUCCAUAUUCAACUCCUUAGUAAAUUGCACUUGUCAGACAAUAUAACAUGGGAAACCAAAGCUGAGUACCAUAACUCUCGGACCAUUACUCAAUUAACUAAUCACACUGGUAAAUAAGUAAGUUGCACUUAAAUGUAAAACUUAGAGAACUUCAUCUGCUGGAAGGACAGACUUGCUUGGUUUGCUAUCGUGUAACCAGAGAUUUUCAUUUUGCUUGUAGUUGCUUACAAACAAUUAUGUAUUCUGUCUUCGGCUGUAGUUUGUUUUUACUCUUUAUUCUUAAUGCUAUAGUUGACCUUGUUGUAUGAAAAAUAAAGUGAAAUUUCCCUAAUAAAACUUCUCUUUAUGUA